GUCAAGUCUUUUAAAUGGUUUUCAAAAACUCAGGCGCAGUUUCAAUUCAGACCUCAAGUUGUGCAGAUCGCCCAAAAUCUAAAUAAUCCAAUCGCCCAAUGGAAAAGGAACCGCACAAUCAGCCUACCGAUGUGAACGGGGAUGACCCACAGAGCAGAGCUACUGCUGAUGUCACACCCGAAUGGUUGGCAGGCGAGUUAUUUGAAGACUUGUUGAAAGACAAGUUUCCGGAGUACAAAUCGAUUGCUAAAUUUGCGGUGCGGCCCGGCGUGAAAAGCGGUGAGAAUUUCAUGACGUUGUUGCAGCGCAUACAUCUGGAUGUGGUAAUGCAAGACGCCACAAAAACCGCAGUUUCCUACAUGGUUAAGACACUACCCACCAACCAAUUUAUACGCAACUUGGUACAAUACUGGCAAAUCUUUGAUAAGGAGAGCUGCACUUACAAUACAUAUUUGCCAGCCUUCGAAGAGAUGUACAGGAAUUGCGGCUUGGACGUAAAAUUCGGCCCUAAAGUGUUCCAGCUACCCGUGCCGGUCGAACACGAAGGCGAGAUUCUGGUUAUGGAGGAUUUGCGUCCGAUUGGCUUCACAAACAUCAAACGACAAGAGGGCAUGGACAAGGCGCACACCGAAGCGACCUUGCGGAAAGUGGCGCAACUGCAUGCCGCUUCUGCCGUCUACUAUGAUCUCCACGGGCCUUACCCGCAGUUGUACGACAAAUGUUACUGCUGCGAAGUGGACGAGUCCUACCCAGCGCGAGCCACCCGCACUAAGCUGUUGCGCGAAUGUUUGCCACUCUAUGGGGAUGUGUGUCAUCUGGAUGAGAAGUUGCACAGCUUUUGUGAAUUGGCCUGCGAUCCCAAUCAGGAAGCAGUCCCACAACAACCCCACGAGUUUUACGUGCUAAAUCAUGGCGAUUUGUGGUCAAACAAUGUUAUGUUUCGAUACGAUGACAGCGCAGCGAUAAAAGAUACAUAUCUUCUCGACUACCAGCUGAAUUUAUAUGGUUCACCUGCCGUGGACUUGUAUUAUCUUCUGCUAUCAUCAACUAAUUUGGAUGUUAAAGUUAGUCUUUUCGAAUAUUUCGUUUCAUUCUACCAUGGGGAACUGGUGAAGUGCUUGAAAUUGCUGAAAUAUGGGAAGAAAAUACCGACACUCAGGGAUAUCCACGUAGCCCUCUACAGGCACGGAAAUUGGGCUUAUAGUAUUGUCAGCGAUUUGUUGCCUAUCAUACUAUCAGACCAAAGCGAGGACAUCAACGUAGAUGUUUGGCUGGAUGACAAGAAUGCGGACAUGCGAAGGAAGAUGUACCGUAGUCAGCGCUACAUUGACCACAUGACACAACUGCUUCCAUGGCUAGAGACUCGCGGAUUAUUGAAUUUCAUACCUGAGGGCGAAGUAUUUUAACACGCAAGGAGGAUAUACACUUUUUUCUAAUGAAACUUAAAUGAGAUAAAUAUUAAUUAAUUCAAUAAAACUCUUUCUAUUACUAUUUCCAGCAGUAAAAUUAAA